CUUGGCCAAACAACAGAUGUUCUCCUCGUGUCAAAUAAGCAAAUUGACUGAAUAUUCUUUGAUCUCAAUUUUUUAGUGUAUUAUUUUAAAAUAAAAACAAAAUGUCAAACCAAAGUGAAAAAACUCUACGCGACUUAGAAACACUGUAUCACGAAAUAUUUAACUUGAACCUUGAACCGGACUUGACACUGAAACUUGUUCCAUACGUGAUAAAAAUAUAUCAAAAUAAUUCUGAACAAAUUGGGAGUCCACAAUAUUUAAGUGAACAAAUUGGGUUGCAAAAUAUACCGAGUAAUCUGGACGAAGCAUCAUUUAUUAAAUACGUUGUUGAGCAUGAGUCCCAACACCUUCUGAAAGUACUGGAAUUGAUUGUAAGGCCCGACCUGCCCAUGGGAAGCAACAUGCUGGAUAUAAUUUCCACCAUGGAAAACUAUUUCCUCUCUUCCCUAACUUUUCUUCGUGGUACAAGAAUUCAGAUCAAUUUUACAAGUGGUACAGGUCCAGAGCAGUUCCGGUUUAGAUGUAAAACUCCUGAAGGGUCAGAAUUCUGGAUACAAUAUUUUUCUCCAACUUCACAGAGCAAUUUCGAAUUGGAACACGCCCUGCUAAAAAAGUAUGAAGGAAUUUGUUUCCUCUACGUUACAUGGAAGCAACGAACUAAAGUUCCAAAUUUUAUCGGAACCGAUGACCAAUCUCAGGGUAAAAUUACCUUAACAACUUCUCGAAUUCCCGACUUACCCCUAAAUUCUUGGAUGAACGUGACAUACCCACAACGCAGAAAUUUUGAAAGAACGACGGAACAAAUUCAUUAUCAAAUACAAGUGUGCCGCGGCCUUUUUGAAGUUCUCAAAGCUUUUUUAAGCGCAGAAUUAACAAACUGUGUCCUACUUCCGAGACAGACUUUGAUUCGUGAUGUGCUCACUUUCUUUCCUAUCGUGCAAUUCGAUCCUUCCAUAAUUUCAUUCGAGUGGGAGACUAAAUCAUGCUCCCAAUUUGACCAAGUAUUUACUUCGGGUAACACCCCGAACAAAACAACGUUUUGUAUCGGAUUGAUCAUGCUCUACUGUUUAUCUGCCACGGCGGAAGAGGAUUUUCAUAAUUUGGCUCAUGAAUUUACAACGAUCAAGAAUGAGAGAGACCUUAAGGUGGAAAUUAUUGCAAAAUAUGCCCCGAUAAUCGCUGCUUCAAAGUCCCUCAUGAAUUUGAUCCAUAGAUUGAUCCACUCUACAUACAGUUCCCACCAAAUUACGAAUCUUUUUAUUGAUUGGAACGCAUUUAAGGAGGACUUUGAAAAUGAGGAGUGCCAAAAUACCCCUUUUGACACAAAGGAACGCUUGAAAUUGUUCGUUUACCCCGUUGGAAGAGGGAUCAUGCAAGACUUGUUUCUCGAAUUGAUAAACCUUCCCUUGACUAUGAGCAGUCUCGGUCAACUUGUAGAUAACUUAUUCAACCAAGAGGACAUACUUCCUAAUGUGGAGCCAAAAAAUUCUCUUAAUUUGGAGAAUAUACUUUCUUACGUAAAGAAUAAAAGACCCUGGUUAACUGCUGACCUGAUAUUGGACCUUGAGAUCCACUUUUCUCCACAACUCUUGACCAAAUUGAGCAACUCUAUUUCUACCCACUGGCUCAAGGAAAUCCAACACUUCUCCUAUCACGGGGUGGGGGAACAUGGCUACCUAUUUCAAAAAGAAGAGGAUGUCUCAACCAUGCCAGAAUUUCGCUCAAGAGUCAUGCUGCUCUUGCCAAAACCUGGAGGAAACACAAAAGUCGUGUCAAAAAUGUUUACCACAAUCAAGCUCAACCUGUCUGUGGACCACUAUCACCACUUUUACGACAGGAUCGAUCAACGUACAGUUUAUUCCGAAGAAUUAUAUAGCUACAUUUCAUCAUCUAGUUAUCUUCCCCGUGACGUUAUCGACCUAAUCCAGUCAGGAUAUUAUGUUGAAUUUUGGCUAAUUCAGUACCGCUCGGGAAGAACUAAUCUACAAGAUUAUCUCACUAAUUAUAACUCCCAGGUUGCAAAUUCUUUUACAUUUGACAUUAUCAAAAGUUUAUUUGACAGUAUCGCUGUAUAUCAAAACUUAAACAUCCAUUUGCCCAUGCUAUCUCCAGAAAACGUAUUUUUCGUGGAUUGGAAAUCCUCAAAUAGAGGCAAAUUCAAAUUGCCAGUAUUUAUCGAUGACCAAUCGUUAAUUACCCUUGCCUCUGAGCGGGAAAUGUCAAACUUAACUCUUACCGAAAUCCCGACAAUUACUUACAAAUUUGGGUUACUAAUUCUGCAAUUAUUAUUUCCGCAAAAUUUUCAAUCCGGAAGUGAAGAAUUACUUGACCAAAUCGAAAUCAUGUAUCCCAAUCAUCACGAUUUAUCCUGCACUCUACGCAAGAUGAUGUUUCCAAGUAGCACAGAAUCCUUGAGCUUAGAACACUUUGAUAAUCUUGAGAUAACCAGUAUUGGUUUGAAAAUGCCUCCUAAACGUCCCCCUUUCGUCCCACGUGACGAGCAGGAUGUCAUGAAGCUCAUAAACGACGGUGAAAAUCAGGACAUCGUCGCAAAUGUGGUUGCCCUUAUGUACGAUGACAUCAUAGCGUUAACGACUCGUUCAAACACAACGCACGCUAGUUGGCAAGAAACGCUAGAUCACAUGCUAAUAAAUGAGAGGAGCGAUGAUUACGGACAUUUUGAAGAGCUUGAAAACAAUCGCGAAAAAUUCGAGGAAAUUUCCAAUGUGUUGGAAAUGAUAAAAAUCAAAUCUCUAAAAAAGGGUGGGAUGUGGCUCGACCAGAUUUUCUUCGUGUAUGGUGCAUUCGACGAUGCAGAAUUCCGAGAAAAAUUGACACCAACGAUUAAAUCGGUUUGGCUGGAGACGAUCCUUUCCGACAUUGAGCUGCUGGGAUAUGGAGCAUUCGGACUUGUGUUUCAGACCAGGGACGAAAUCGUGAAGGAAUACAGAUGCGCAGCAAAAUUAAUUGUUCCCUCGAAUGAUGAAGGCGAGGAUCAAAAUGUGAUGCGGGAAGUGGAAAAUAUGAGAGAUCUCAUCCAUCCAAAUGUGCUUCACAUGACGAAACAUGCACAAGAAGUUUUGUUAACAGAGGCGGAUUUUAAGGUCCUCCUAAAUUAUGACCACCACAUCCCCGACGACAUGACCGAAAGCGACAUAUCUUCAUCAGUAGAUUCUGUAACGAUGCAAACCGAAAAACUAAUUCUCCGCUGCCGGCUAGCGCCGGUUCCUUGCUGUCUGAUCAAAAUGAAUUUAGCUGGUCCCACCUUGCGCCAAUUUCUCACCGAGACAUUUAAUCUCCGAAAAAAUCCGGAAACCAAAAUGGGUCGGCAUCAGUUAGCAAUUUGCCGGGAUCUCGUCAGAGGAAUGAAAUAUCUCCAAUCCAAAAAAAUCCUACACUGUGACUUGAAGCCUGACAACAUUUUAUUUACUGCUUUUGGAACCCCAAUAAACCAAUUUGAAGAAGAUUUUCAGGAAAAAUUUAUACUUCCUGUGCAAAUUGCGGAUUUUGGCUUGUCUUCCACACUGGAUGGAAAUAUCAACGAAUUUAGCGCAUCACGCAGAGGAAACUUGCGUUAUCACGCUCCCGAACGUGAAACUACCUUUAGCUCCGAGAUUUACUCGAUAGGUUUAAUUAUUUUUGAAGUUUUGGUGCCCUGCGUGGGUGCAGAAUUGCGUAAUUUAACUUGCAAAUUGGCUUCAAAUUCUACUCAAAACUUUAACGCGGAUGAGAUUGCGGUGCAAGAAUUUAUAUUGGGUUUAACAUCAUUUCUACAAAAGGACGCCAAGGACAGGAUGUCGGUGCAAGAUUUCCAAAUGUUUGAUCUGGACUGGGUGCACAUUCACAAUUUCUUUCCUGACAGGGUGCAAAAAAUACUUCAGGAAAUGACAGGCUAUUUACAAGGGGUAAAAUAAUUUUAUUAAUUAGAAAUUACCAAAUAUAUGUAUG